AUGGGUAUCAGAGCAAUAGCUUCAGUGGCCUCUGCUGUAGUGAGUAGGAAAAAAACACACCAGGUGAAGAUCUAUAAUAUGAUCGAGACAGCCUUGGAGGACCAAAGGUCCAAGAUGACUGAUACAGCUGAUGUCCCCUUAUGGAAACAAAAAGAAGACACAUACCGGCCCCAAUUUAGCAACAAACGAACAUGGAGUCUCAUUCGACAGGUGCAUCCGACAGUGCAAUGGCAUUUCGGGAUAUGGUUUCAGUAUGCAACCCCAAAAAAAUCUGCUUUCUACACCUGGUUAGCUAUUCAUAAAAGACUAAUUCCGGGAGAUCGUAUGGCUAUUUGGAACAGCGGGAGACUGAAACUCAAGAACACAUUUUCUUCGAUCGAUUGUGCUGCGGAAGUGUGGUCACUCUUAACACGAGGGCUUCUAGGUUCUCGAUUUUACUACGGCUUGGGGAGAUCAUACUCACCUCAUAAUGGAAACAACUCAGGAUCAAAAAUCCAGGUUGCACUUUUCAUAUCACUCUUCACUCCAUAUGGCAGGAGAGAAAUGAUAUACAUCAUGGAGCAACGCCUAUGGUCGCAGGCUCUGUGGUUCUUAACGGUAUCUGCUACGGGCCACCGAAAUUAUGAAGCUCUGCUGCAGCGCUGGUUCGCUUCAAGGGUUUAG